AUGAUGAUGUUAAACUCCACACAGGUUUCCUAUUUUACUUUUGGUGCUUACUUUGAUCUUGGACUCUUUAAAUACUUAUUGUUCAUGAUUAGUAUGUGUUUUUAUGUUGUAACUAUUUGUACCAACCUGCUGCUCAUUGUGGUUAUCUGCAUGAACAGAAGCUUACAUGAACCCAUGUACCUUUUCCUCUGCAGCCUGUUUGUAAAUGAGCUGUUUGGUAGUACAGGGCUGUUUCCAUUCCUCCUGGUUCAGAUCCUCUCAGACAUUCACACGGUUUCUUAUUCAUCUUGCUAUCUGCAGAUUUUCUGUUUGUACACUUAUGCAAAUGUGCAGUUUUAUAACUUAGCCCUCAUGUCUUAUGACAGAUAUCUUGCCAUCUGUUAUCCAUUACAAUAUAACACUCGCAUGGCAUGUAACAAGGUUAUUAUGCUUAUUGCUCUAACGUGGUUAUUCCCUCUUUUAAAUAUUGUAAUCAUGAUAUCUUUGAGUGCAUCUUUACAGUUGUGUGGAAACAUUAUUGACAGAUUGUUCUGUGACAACUUUUCUGUUGUGAAAUUGGCCUGCUCUGACACGACAGCCACCAACAUCUAUGGACUCAUGUACACUUUCAUUGUAUUAUUUGGUCUUGCAAUUCUGAUUUUUUACACCUACUUGAGGAUCCUCAGAGUUUGUUUAUCUGGUUCCAAACAGACCAGACAGAAAGCUGUCAGCACCUGCACACCUCACCUGGCUUCUCUGCUCAACUUCUUCUUUGGGUGUUUCUUUGAAAUAGCGCAAGGCAGAUUUGAUAUGAAGAGAGCACCUUUUUUUUUGCGCAUCUUUUUAUCUUUAUACUUUCUCACUUGCCAACCUCUCUUGAAUCCCUUAAUGUACGGACUGAAUUUGACAAAAAUACGCAUCAUAUGUAAAAGUCUUGUCUCUCCUAAAAUGUAA